AUGGGCGCCAAUCCUAAGGAUUUCCCGCCUCUUCCUCGCAGCUCUUCGUUGCUAGGUGCUGCGCCUCCUUCCCCUACUCCUUUCAUCUCUUAUGCUAGUAAUCUCACUGCUCCUCCUUCGGCGAGGGAAGAAUGGCCUAUGGAGUUUGUCAACCCGUCCAAAAAAUUGUCUUUUGCUGCUUCAGAGCUCACGGAGGGCAAAGGACUGUGGGAUCUUUCUCUAGUGGGGUAUUCUCUAGGGCAAAGACCUUACUACGAGCGGCUGCUUCAAGCGAUGAACAGAGCUUGGAAACUGAAAGGAUCUUUCUCUCUCCUUUCACUUGCUGAUGACUUCUUCCUUUUGAAGUUCACUUCGGUUGAAGACUUCGACAUGAUUUGGUCGGGUGGCCCUUGGUUUCUGCUGGGUAAGCCUUUCUUCCUCCAAAAGUGGUCCCCGAAAUUCCAGCCGAAGCGAGAUGAAUCCGCAGUUAUCCCUCUGUGGAUUAAAAUUCUCAACUUGCCUCUGGCUCUUUGGACCCCGUCAGGUAUAUCUAAGAUUGCAAGUUAUAUAGGUAUUCCUUUAUAUGUGGAUUCGCUAACUGCUAAAAGAACAAGAUUAACUUUUGCGCGAGUUUGCGUUCAAGUUGAUAAAAAUUCGGAGUUACCGGAAGAAAUCCCUUUGGAAAUUGAUGGGGAGGACUUGGUUCUGAAAGUGGUUUAUGAUUGGAAGCCUUCCAAAUGUGAGGGCUGUGGUUCCAUUAUUCAUCCGUUUGCGCUUUGCCCUUCAAAUCCCAAUCCGAAGCCAUCUCUGCCGCCCAAACCUACCUUUCGGGGCAGGAGUAAGAGCAGAGCUCCUGGUGCCAGGAAUACGAGAUCCUUCUCCAGGCCUACUGUGAUUAAUUCUGCUCUUCCUUCUGCGAUUGAUUUGCCUGGUUCUUCUAAUCCUCCUCUUCCCUCCAAACCUUCUAUGCCUCCCGAUAAGAUUCUGGAUUCGGCAGAUGAUCCGGUUUCUGCUGAACCUCCGAUUAACAUCUCUGGUAACAUAACUUCCCUACCUAAUCUCAAUCUACCCCAAAAUAUCUCCUCUUCUUCUGAACAGACUUCCACAAAUUUGCUUUUGCGUCCAUCCCAAGUUGUUCUGGCAAAUAGCUUUGCCUCUCUUCCGGUUGAAAAGCACGACAGCCCGGAAGGGGACAAUGCUGUAGAUGAUUUCUCUUCCACCUCGCGUUCGGAAGAUGUGGUUAAUUCCUCUAGUCUUCAUAACUCCUCUCCUUCCUCUUCUAAAACUCCAAAAAACAUAAAUUCCAAAGCCAAAAAUCAAAAGCCAAAAACGGCCAAGAAGGCCAAAAAACCAAAGUAA